AUGGCAUCAUCAAUAGCCGUCGUUCCAUCUUCCUCGAUUGAAAACGGAGAAUCUCAUCGUCAGGAAAAAUCUUCAUCAGAACAAUUUCGAAAAUUGUUUAUUGGUGGUUUAACUUAUACAACUACAGAUGAAAAAUUAAAAGAUUAUUGCUCAAAAUAUGGUGAAGUAACUGAAUGUGUUAUUAUGCGUGAUAGAGAAGGUCGAUCACGUGGUUUUGCUUUUGUUAGUUUUAAAGAUCGCUCAAUGGUUGAUGAUUUUAUGGAACAUCGACCACAUACACUUGAUGGUAGAAAAAUAGAAUCAAAACGUGCAAUGCCACGUGAUGAAGCAUCGAAACCUGAAGGACAAUUAACAGUUAAGAAAAUCUUUAUUGGUGGUAUUAAAGAAGAUAUUACUGAAGAUGAUCUUAAAUCACAUUUUCAAAAAUUUGGAAAUAUUAUUGAGUGCAAUAUUAUGAAAGAUAAAGAUGAUAAAUUACGUGGUUUUGCAUUUAUAACAUUUGAUGAUUAUGAUGGUGUCGAUCGUUGUAUUCUUGAGAAACCUCAUAUUAUCAAAGACAAAGAACUUGAUAUACGAAAAGCAAUUCCACGUGAACAUAUACCACGUACUUAUACUUCAAUCCCUACUAAUAAUAAUAUUAAUUCUGAGUUUUAUUAUCAACCACAUUUAAUGAUUAAUAAUCCAGCAUUAUCUCCUCUAUCAUAUACUUAUUUGCAUCCAUCGAAUUAUUUAUCUAAACCAAUACCAUUAAUGAGUACAACCAAUUCUUGUCCACAACCAAAUGGUUUACCACCUACAACAUUAUUUUUUCCACCAGAAUUAGCAACUAAUACAUAUUUUCCUUCACCAUCAUUACGAACAAAUACUAAUAUUCAAUAUCAAAAUGGCAAUCGAAAGAAAAUAACAAAUGAACAAUUAUCUCAAUCACGUUCAAUAAAUGAUGAACAACAUCGAAAAUUAUUCAUUGGUGGUUUAUCUUUUAAAACAACUGAUGAAACAUUAAGAGAUUAUGCAAAAAAAUUUGGUGAAAUAAGUGAUUGUUUAGUCAUGAAAGAUCAAAAUGGUCAAUCAAAAUGUUUUGGUUUUGUUACAUUUACUGAUACACAAAUAGUUGAUGAAUUUAUGAAACAGAGACCACAUAUACUCGAUGGUCGUCAAAUAGAUCCAAAACGAGCAAUGCCACGUGAAGAAGCAAAUAAUGAUGAUAUUCAUUUAACAGUUAAAAAGAUUUUUAUUGGAGGUAUUCGUGAUGGCCUUGAUGAAGAUACAUUAAGAAAGUAUUUUGAAAAAUAUGGGAAUAUUAAUGAUUGUCUUGUUAUGCAUGACAAGGAUGGAAAAACACGUGGAUUUGCAUUUAUUGAAUUUGAUGACUAUGAUCCUGUUGAUAAAAUAAUUCUUGCACGACCUCAUACAAUAGGUGGAUAUCGUGUUGAUGUUAAAAAAGCAAUACCAAAAGAUCAACGGCAAUUUCAAGCUCAACAACAAGAAUAUGCCCUUCAAAUGCAAGCAGCAACAGCGGCUUAUUAUUAUUAUACUAAUUUUCCAUAUCAUAUUUUACAUAAUCAAAUAAUAUCUCCUUCUUUAAUCAAUCAAAGUGGUGCUCUUAUAGAUGAUGUUUUUUCUCAUACUCGAACGUCAAAUAACAAUAAUAAUAUUUCAAAUCCUCUUCGUUAUUUUCCUACACGCAAUAAUCAUCAACAAUCAUCACAUAGUAGUCAGUAA